CUUGCCGCUGUUGAGAGGUUUGCGUACUGCAAUGACCAUAAAACGACCAAUGCGUCAAAUCGAAACCGAAAGUUUAGACAGCCUGUCAGUGUAAUCUUUAAUCAGAUUCACUCUAACCUUCCACACUGUAACAACCUGAAGCAUUUGUGCGGAAUCCAAAGAUGACCUCAGCUACCACCUUCCUGUUUUUUGCGAUCCAUUUAGCCUGUAUCAGAGCUGGAAAUUCCUCUGAGAAAUUUAUCAAACUGGAGUGUAAAGAAGAAUACCAUGGGGUUUAUGGUCAGCAGUCAUUGCUGCAGUGUAUUGUCAAAGCUGUUGAGAACGUGACCAUCUUGACCGUGACCUGGAAGAGGAUGGAAGCUGAUCCUCUUUUGUUGGAAUACCAUAAAGAUACAUCUAACCUAACACCUGGAUUUACAUUUGCUGAGCCAUCCUGGAACAAGGAUAAUAUGAAUGUGUCCUUGUUGUUGACAAAGACCAAGAUGGCCGACAAGGGGGUGUAUGAAUGCAUGGUGACCACAGACCGUGGUGAUGAUACAGCUACAACCAGCCUCAGUGUCACAGCUAAGUACAUAACUCCAACCAUGAGCUCCAUCCCUGAGACCAACAUCAAAGAGAACACAGAUGUGACCAUUUUCUGCAACUCUACAGGCGGGCAACAGACAGGGUUGAUCUGGUGGUUUGACCAGGAUGGCUACAAUUGGACGCGCAGGGCUGAACUGGUGGCCAAAGAGACUGACGAUGGACUGUUUAGCCUCUCCAGUAAAUUCAUAGUGCUGAAGGCUACAUCCAGUUACACAAACUACACGUGCAAAGUGCUCAAUGUCAAUGGUGCCGUGGAGGGGAAGGCGUCAUUUGUGAUCCAGUUAGCGCCGCAAGUCUCAGAAAUGAACGCUGACAAUUUGGAUUCUGAUUCCACCAUCCACUGGCUAGCCCCGGUUGUAGUCAUAGGAUCUCUGGUCAUUGGACUCCUUGCUGCGCUGCUGAUAUUUAAAAGGCGCUCCACCCAACGUUUUGUGUCAUUUUUGAGAGGAGCUCGAAGGCAGUCCACCUUUCCGUUAAUGAGUGACCACCAACCAGAUACCAGGCAUGAUGGAGAUGUUGAGGCAGAAGGUCUAAACAGUGACAGUCCACAGGACCAGCGUGACAGUCUCUAGUAAAUUAUUCGUUAACUGGCAGUCUCUGGAAGGGAAUGUUUCCUUCAAUAAGGAAACAGUCUCUUCCGAUAAAUGAGGGGCUUGUCACCAUCACUGUCUUUUGAUGGACUGUUUCCUGUUAAGUGUCCGAUGACAGUCACUUUGGCACUCAGGUCAUUCUGAUUGAGGCAUCUGUUUCUUCAUAAUCUACUGAUGAUGGCAGCCUUUAAGGUCUGUGGUUGAUUACAAAUGAUAUGUAACUGCCCUCUAUAUCAAUGUUUCUAUACAGGGUUGCCAUGGUGUCAUAAUGCCAUGGUGUCAUAAUGCUUCAAUAAGGAAACAGUCCCUUCCGAUCAAUAAGGGGCUUGUCACCAUCACUGUGUCAUCACGGUGUCAUAAUGCUCUAGAUUCUACCACUGCAGAACAUUGGUAUACUGUAAUACCAGGUAAUCUAAUCAAUGUACACACUGUACUACAAGGUGCAUGGUUUAACAUUCCACGUUUCCUAUACUGUAGAUUCUACCACAGUGGUUGUUAUUACUAUACUGUAACACCAGACCAUCUAAUCACUACAACUUUACACACGGUUCUAUACUAAGGUUGUGCGAACAUUCAAAAACAGCACUUUUCUGAAAACAUGUAGUAAAACUGGUUUCCCUUCUGAAAGAGGGUUUCGCAAGACUGUACAACAACCACUCUUAUAACCAAAAGCCAGCCUGUUGCUCCUACCACAGAGGAUUUGUUUGUGGCCUUCCUCUUACUCCUUUCUUCUUGUCUUGUGCCACCUGCUGGUGGACAAUUCAGGUCUAUAUUUAUAUAGAUACUAGCCUUUAAACACUGUGGUUGAUGACUUUAACAGUCUCUGUUUGAAAGCCUAACAUGAUUGGUUCUGUACAGCAGGGUUCCCCAACUGGCUGUCCACGGGUCAAAUUGGUUUUAUUUCCCCCCCCCCCCAAGUUUUCAUAAAUGAACUAUAAAAACACUAGGAAAUCAGCUCCAAGUUAUUUUAAUUUAAGAAGUCUGUUCCCAAGUAUUCCUAUGCAGAAUAGAGAGACACGUGAUCAUAUAGAAAUGUAAGCAAGGUUUGAAAUGAUUCUGUUCUAGUCAAACAUGAUAUAUUUUUGUGCUUCUUGCGUUUAAUUUGCAGUCUACACAUUUUUUGUAAUUAUGUCCCCCCCCCCGACUCAGGAAAAAAAAAUCGGCCCACGGCUGAAUCUAGUUGAUGAUCCCUGCGGUAUGGGGUUGCCAUAGUGUCAGUAUACUGUAGAUUCUACCAGUAUGAUUGUUAAAACUGUACUCUUAACACCAAGCCAUCUAAUCCUUGUAACGUUUCACACUACACUAGAAGGUUCAUGAGCAAUGUUUCUUCUAAUUUUUUUCAUCACUGAGCAAACUUCAGUUCCGCUGAGCGCAAACUUAAACGUUGUGAAAAUUCUGUCCCACUUCCGAACACUGAGGCUGUACCCACUUUUAAGUUAGUUUUAAUAGUGGUCAAGUUGGCUACUGUGGCUAUUUGAUCAUAAUGUAGGCCUACCAGAGUGGUCUACCAUCAAAAACAAUGGAACAAAUGCCUCCUAUAACAUUUGAACACGGAAAUAGCUGUUCUAUCAUUCAGCCUACAGUAUCAGCCACUGUGUGGUGUUCAAUGUAGGGCUGCAUUCAAUGAAACUUUUGAAGAAAACAUGCCAGGCUUGACAUGAACCUGAUUCUCCACUUGUCCUUCAGACAAGGAGGUGACUGACAAUGUUGCUGUGUUGUUUGUUUACGCAUGUACAAAGCACUUUCCCCAAAAAAAUAUGAAGUAAACUGGUUUCGCCUCUGAAAAGACGGUUCUGGUAGAUACUCUACUUUGAUUCUGCUCCAAUGUGUAUGUGAAGAAAUGCUAGGCUAAAUAUAAAUAGUACAUCACUUUUGACUAGAAGGAAAUCAGGGAGCCAUUUUGAAUUCAACCUUUGACUUGACUUUGUGUCACCUCUGGAACGUAUUGUAACAUUAACCCAACCUUGUUACCAGCAGCCAGCCUGUUGCUUCAACAGUUCUACCCCAGCAGUUUCUUUUGAUUUCUCCUUCCUUUUUUUCACCUGGUGGUUGAUUAUGAAAAAUGUGGGAAAACAUUUAGAAAACCUUUUGUGGGGCAGCAAUUGUCUUCUAUUUACAUAAUGAUUGUUUCAGUUCCCAUGAUGUUUUACUGCUAUCAUGCUGCUGUUGAUGGCAUUGCAAAUCGACUUGAGAAAUCUGUUGUUGUAUUGUGGCAACUUGAGGUGAACGCUGUCCACAACAAGACUACACCUCCCACAAUUCCUUCCAACUCCUCGACCGUGUCUGUUCCUUCUUACUUAAAGUGCACACUUGGCAGUUGUCGCUGUAGAUACAGAUAUGAUGAACCUAUUUCUACGCCAGUCAGCAUGGAACUAGCCAGGGCUCUUCCACAGAAGGCUGGACUUUGAUCUUUUUUGUUGUUGUUGAUUUUGGCUCUGAUCUACUAUGGUGGCUUGAGAUGUUUGUGCGUCAAGUUAUGAUUAUUUCCCAAUUCAAACAAAAAAUAAGACAUGUUAUUUCGUAGUGUAAGAGGUCAAAAUGAGAGAGGAAUCCUGUCUAUAUAUGAAGUGAUUAUCAAGUGAUUUGUUAAUACGUUUUUUUUAAAAAAGUCAACUUCCUGUUUUCAGCACAUAGAUAUGCCUGCUUGAGGCCUGCUCUGCAUCUAACCCCAUAUAACAGACUUUGUUAUUGCUACAUUUGGUAUGUUUUUAUAUGUGACUUUGUUUGUUAUGAAUACAUCAUUGAGAUGAAAGCUUUUUUACUUUGUCCAGAUAUAACAUGUAAAUAAUCUAUUGUAUAGAAUGUCCGGGUAUAUUUUGCACUGUGAAAUUCCUGUUCAGAUCCUGCACCUUGAUACUGUUCAUUCAAUAUAGGACAGUGAGAAAGUUGUUACACUGAACGUUUUGUAAAUACUUUCACUUGUUGUUUUUUAAAUACUACCAUCUUUAAACAAAUAAAAAAUCAUAAUUGUU